AUGAACAACAUAGGUAACAUGGCUCAGAUGAACGCCAUGGGCGGUCCCGUUGGCGGCGCCCCUAUGCCCAUGAUGAAUAAUGGCGCAAUGCCUGUUCGUCCCCAGCAGCCCCCACAACCCCAACCGCAACAGCAACAACAGCAGCAGCAGCAGCAAAUGCAGUUUGGGACUGGAACUAUCGAUGGCGGCCGUGCGUUGCUCGAGACCUACAUCUACGACUACUUCAUCCGCCAAGGCAUGUACGACUGUGCCCGCACAAUCCUACAAAACAACCCUCAGAUCAAGACGGACAAAUCUGCGAGCCCUGGUCAGAACUUGAAUGGUCUGGGUGACGAUCCCAUGGAUACCGACUCGAAGGACAACCUGGACCAAAAGCGUCCCGAUGACCUCCCCCCAGCUGCUAUUCCCAAUUCUUCGACAAGCAACACCAGCUUUCUGCUCGACUGGUUCUCACUGUUCUGGGACAUGUUCAACAGCCAAAAGAGCAAGGGCCCUGCUCUUGUGAACCAAUACGUGCAACACAACCAGAACCAGUCCCGCAUGCGACAGGAACAGAUGCUGCGGCAAAUGCGUCCUGACUACAACGCCCACGUCCAAUAUCAACAGCAAAUGAUGAGGAACAUGAAUGGUAUGGGCGGCAUGAUGAAGCCCGGGAACCAGCUGCAACGGGCAGCCAUGGCGAACAGCCAAAAUCCCCAAGCCAUGCAGAUGCUUCAGGCACAGAAAGCUGCUCAAAUGCAGCGAGAUCCUUCUGAUAUGGACGGAAACCGAGUGAGGGCGGCGUCGCCAGGAUCGGCAGACAACGCGCCGUCUCCAUCCAAGCGGCCACGUCUCGAGGGGGCCUCCUUCAACCCCAACGCGGGUGUCAUGGUGCAAAAUGGCAGACAGAUGCAAGGCAUGCCAGGCCAGCAGCAGGUAGGAGGUGGCCCCAAUUCAGCACAAGCAUUUUUCAUCAACCAAAUCCGCCCAAACUCGUUAACUCCUAACCAACUCCAGGCCUUGAUCAAUGCCAAUCCAAACUCUCAUCAGCUCAAAGCGUACGCCGCUAACCUCCAGCAGCACCACGGUAAACAGAUGCCCACCAACCCGAUGGCGAAUGCUGGUGGUCCGCAAAACCAGGGCUCUCCUAUGCUGCCGCAGGGACCCGAUGGCCAGAACAUCAACCAGUUUUACAACCAGGAGAUGGGCGGCGGAAACAUGCGAGCUGGGCCUGGUAACGGUCAGAAUGGGUCAAGUAACCACGCCCUUCAGGACUACCAGAUGCAGCUGAUGCUCCUGGAGCAACAGAACAAGAAGCGCCUCAUGAUGGCUCGACAGGAGCAGGAUGGGAUGCCACGACCUGAAGGCCCCAACGGUCCAGGCGGACCUGGCGGCCCGGGAGGACCUCAGGGACCGAAUCCUCAAGGCUUCCAGGGCAACUCGCCACCUGGACAGCGCAAUGGAGCAUCACCUAACCCUUCGGAGCAGAUGAAGCGUGCCAACCAGCAAAUGAACAACCCCCAAAACAUGGGUUCCCCUCUUCCGGAUGGCGCCCAGAACCGCAGUUCCCCGAAUCCCAUGAACUUCAUGGCCGGCAACAUGGAUCCCAACGGAGGACAGCCCCAUUACGGCAUGAACAUGAACAUGGGCAAUCAGAUGGGAGGCGGUAUGCGUCCACCGAGCUCACACCCAGGACAGCCCUUCAAUGGCCAGAUGAACCCACAGAUGGUGGCUGCCCAACAGCAGCGCCAAGCACAAAUGCAACAGCAGGCUCAGCAGCAGGCGCAACAACAACAGCAACAAGCCCAACAAGCGCAGCAGCAACAGGCGGCCCAACAGCAGCAAAAUCAAGGGGGCCCUAAUAUGCAAUGGCAGCAGCCUGGACCGAAUGGCCAGAUGGUUGGUCAGCCUCCUCAAGCUCAGCAGGCUCAGGGACCAGCGCAGCAGAGAGCUAUGCCUCCUCCUUCUGCUCCCCCAACGGCGGCAGCGAUGACCAACGCUGCCAAUUCGAGGAACGCAACGUCAUCUCCUCAAGUCACCAACGCUGCCCCUCCAACCCCCAACCAGGGCAACAAGCCGGCACCCAAGAAGAAGGAGACCAAGAAUGCUAAGAAUAAGGCUGCGACGCAGAAGAAGUCCAAUCAGAACCUUAACGCAGGUGCUACACCUGCUGCAGACGCCGACCAGCCGCAAGAGCCUCCCGCGCCGGCCACCCCGAUUACCCCAGUCAACCCAGCUAGCUUUGGUAAGAACCAAGUAGGAAACCAGGUUGUACAGAACGGACAGCCUGCGGCCCCGGUGCCGCCGCCCUCUGUCCCUCAGGUCGCUGCUCCGCCACACCCCGACCCGGCCCAGAACAACAAUUUCGCCGAGCCAAUGAUGCGGGGGGUGCUAACAAGCAAGCUGCAGAACUUCGAUGUUGAGUUUGCCAACCCACUCACGUCAAACGAUGUUCUGAACGACUUUGAUUUCGACUCCUUCUUGCAUGAUAAUGACAACGGCGGAGAGGCUUUCGACUUCAAUGCCGGCGUGUUUCUGGAUGGCAACGAGAUCGGCACGACGGAGUAG